AUGCUACGUUUAAACGCUAUAAAUACUUUGAAGCAAAGCAAGAGUGUCACUCCAGCUUGCCAAACAGCAAUGAGAAGAUAUUCCAACAUUCCACCACCAGUAGGAGGGUUCAGUAGUACUGGCCAAAGCGACACUUUCAACAAAAGGGAGAAGGCUGCGGAAGACUAUUUCAUUAAACAACAUGAGAAGGAACAGUUGAAGAACUUAAGGGAACAACUGAAGCACCACAAGGAGCAAUUACAGGAUUUGGAAGAAAAGAUAGAGAAGAUUACCAAGAACUAA